AUAAUUUAUUGAAAAAAUAGUUAAGUAGUUUCAGGAAUUGGUGAUAUGUUUUGGCAAGUUUUUUAGGCACCCCUGCGAGUUGAAUCCAAAUUGGAAAUUCUCAAAAUUUUUCAAAAUUUAAAUAAAAUUCAUAAUUCAUAAAAAAAUAAUUAAAUAUGUUGGCUAAGAGAUCAUCGAUACUUAACUGUAGAAGUGUUCAACGCCGUGACAAGAGGGUGCUGUGUAAAACAUGUAUGGAAGUGACUCCAUUAAAAGUUCCAAGGCCAAUAAAUUUUAAACCACCUUUUGAUACUUCCUCUAUUGUCAAACAACUAGCAACAAAGGAGCAAAAAAACCUAAUUAGGUUAUAUCAAAAUCCAACGCCUUCGUUCGUUAAAAUAAAAAUGCCAGAAUUAUAUUUAGUUCAUAAAUCUAAAAAAUUGAAUGCACCUAAAGCUGUUAGAUUUAGAUCGUCUUAUUCCAUACUGCCUCCGUCGAAGAUUGUGUUCUUUUCUAAAAGUAAACCUCUUCCAAUCGACUAUAAACCAAAGUCGAUACUUAAAGUAAAAGUUCAUAAUGAUGGUUUCAGAGUUGAUAAAGUAAAGAGAAACAUUAGACCUAUGAAAUCACAGUUGUUAUCGAAGUCAACGUUAAAAUCGCUUUGCGAUUAUCGAACAAAACUUGCAAUUGAGUCUUGCGAAACUCCAGUGAAACGCAAUGCACUCAAAAAAGUGAACUCAACGACGAAUUUUCGAAAAAUUGAGGAACAACAUUCGAAAACCGUGAUUCCAGAAAAUAGAACAGAUCUACAUAAGACACCACCUAUUAUUAUACCCAAACUAAACAAGUAUUUGAAAGCUCAAUGUUGGGAGAAUAAGCUAACAGAUAUAAGACCAUCAUUCUCAUUUUCUGGCCUUCCAUUAAGAAGAAAGACAACACAAUCGCUUCCAAUGUAUUCGUCCGGAAAUGGUGACUCUAUCAACUGUGUUGACUCUAUAAAACAGGAAAGGUUCUGCGCAUUAGAACAUAAUAAUCCUAAAACUAUAGCGUUAAAUGCAUUUUCUAAGUGUGAGGGAACAAAAGAAGGUAUCGUUCAUGUGUCUAGAAAAGUUCUUGAGAAGAAGGUUGCAUCAACUAGGAUAUCUUUGCCUGAGAAAUUGUUUGCUUCAACAAAACCAAAUGAUCAAGAAUGAAUAGAUUGAUGUUGCUUAUCAUCAUAUAAAAUUAAAACAGUCCAUCGAUGUGUAACAAUAGUUCCGAUGAUUUAUUUGUUGUCCAUAUAGACUUGUAUAAAUGAUGUAUCCAUAAUUGUUAAUAUAAAUUAUGC